AUGAAUCUCUCUCUGCUCCUCCGCCAGAUAUGGACGCUGGCGUGGAAGGACCUCCUCCUUGUUUUGAACAGUAAACGAAGGAUAACGACUAUCAUCCGCGCUUUUACGAUCCCAACCAUCUUCGUUGUGUAUUUUGCCUUCAUCAUUCGGGUUUACUGGCCGAAGGAAACGUACGGUAUUGGCAACCCGAGCACGAUCAGAUCCCUCACUGAAGCCAUCCGUGAUGCCCCUGGUGGUCGAAGAACACUCGCCUUGUGCAACUAUGGACCCUCUGGCGGCGACAUCGACAGAGUCAUCAAACUAGUGUCUGAGAAAGCAAGGGGCAGUGACGGCCAAAUUGUACGAGUGCUGCACAGCCCUGAUGAACUGCUCACAGUGUGCAAAACAUCACUCUCGGCAGUCUCCAAGUGUUACGCCGCGGCAGAGUUCCACUUGUCUCCCGAAAAUGGUAGUAUCUGGAACUAUACCAUCCGCGUCGAUGGAGUGCACGGCUUCAAGAUCAAUGUAAAGAACAACAAGAAUGACGCCGAGAUCUUCCCCAUCCCCCUGCAACAUGCUAUCGACUCAGUCAUUGCGGAGGUCGGAGCAGAGAACGGGGCAAGACCAUUACCUGACAACAUCAAGGAGUUCCCAUUCACGUCCGAGACACAAGAUGAAUGGGACGACAAGCUGGUUAGAGAGAUUCAGAAUGCGAUCUGCAAGUAUAUUGCUGUCGUAUGGUACAUCGCCUUCAUUGGUCUUUGCUACCAGCUUGUUGGCGUGAUGACAAGAGAGCGAGAAAUGGGUAUGAGUGAUCUACUGGAAUCCAUGAUGCCCAAUCUCAAUAGAUUUGAGCCGCAGGUCGCUCGGUUAUUGGGUCAUUGGGUGGCUUUCACAAUUGUAUAUUUUCCGUCAUGGAUCAUGAUUUCCGUCCUUGCCAGGAUUGGCCUAUUCCCGUCGACAAACCCAGCUAUCCUGAUCGUCUUCUGCAUCUUGACAGGCUGCUCGCUCAACUCGUUCUCUAUACUCGGCGCCUCGAUCUUCCGACGAGCACAGCUCAGCGGGAUCACAGUCGUAAUCGUCGCGUUAGUGCUGGGAGUUGCGGCACAAAUCUCUGCAAAGACGCUUUCAACUGCUACUGUCGUGUUCCUGAGUCUCCUCUUCACGCCAAUGACGUUCGUCUUUCAUAUGAUCUGGCUAGCACGCUUUGAGUAUAGACAGAUCUCUCCGAACCUUUUCGAAGCAGCACCUUGGGCAACAUGGAGAGUUCCUGGAAUUGUGUUUUGGAUAUUCAUGUUGAUUCAGACUCUCGUUUAUCCUGUGCUUGCCGCCUGGGUAGAGCGCGCUCUUUAUCAUACCGAUCAACAUGGGAGGAAAACAGUAUACGACAACAACUCGCAGCCUAUCGUUCUGUCAAACUUCACGAAAAAUUACCCGCCGAAUUGGUGGUUUCGACUAGUUGCUCCUUGGUUUGGUAUAAAGAAGCCUACAGUGAAGGCCGUUAACGAUGUCUCAUUGGCGCCGAUGAGAGGACAAAUCAUGGUCCUUGUUGGAGCCAAUGGAUGUGGAAAAUCCACGACUUUGCUGAUCUACGAUUGCGGACUGACGCAAAAGAUCCAGGCCAUGUCUAACACGCUCUCUGGAGGCCAGAAACGCAAGCUUCAGCUAGUGAUGAUGCUAACCGGAGGGAGCCAAGUAUGUUGUGUUGAUGAGGUUUCAGGAGGCUUGGACCCGCUGUCACGCCGCAAGAUCUGGGACAUGAUGCUAGCUGCUCGAGGAACCAGAACAAUCGUCUUAACCACCCAUUUCCUCGAUGAAGCAGAGUUCCUUGCAGAUCAUAUGGUCAUUAUGUCCAAGGGCUCUAUGGUUGCUGAAGGUUCUGUUUCUGAGCUUAAGAGUAAGCUAGGCAAUGGCUACCGAUUUCGGUUCCUACAUGGAGCGGGCUAUGGAACGCUUCCCGAUGUAGACGAUCUGUUCUUUGGGGAACAUAAAGACUGCCUGUUUGAUCAGACUGUCUUCACGGUCAAGGAUGACCGGCGUUCUGUGCAGAUCAUCAAAGAACUUGAUAAGCGGCAGAUCAAGGAUUACCAAGUCACAGGUCCUACGGUGGAGGAAGUGUUUAUGAAACUUGCUGAGGAUCCUGAGCUUUCCUUCACCACGAAUGAAGAGAAGUCAGACGUUCAGUGCGAAGUCAGUCCGAUACCGUCACACAUCAAGGAGAAGCAAGUCAAGAUCUCCGCCAACGAAGCGGCCGAUGCGCCUCUUAUGACCGGCAAGCCCGUAAACUUCCUGCAACAAACUUUGAUAUUCUUCAAGAAGAGAAUGACGGUGUUGAAGCGAAACUACCUACCUUAUACGUUCGCUUUCAUCAUACCUGUCAUCGCCACCGCCGGUAUCUCAGUCCUCCUAAAAGGCAAGACAUACGGAGGAUGUUCACCACGACAACAAGUACAAGAAGCCGACCUGGAGGCCCUCAGUGACAAGCACGGCUACAAACCACUUCUCGUAAUAGGACCGGCUAGCAGUUUGGCGAAUGCCAACUUGACCGCCUUUCAAAGCAUGCUUCCCGGCCAGUUUGGUAACGCUAGCUCCUCGUUAAGUGCGUUUAACGAUUAUGUUAGAGUCGUGGACACCAUUGAAGAGUAUCGUGCGUAUAUAAACGCAAAUUUUAGCAAGAUCACCCCGGGUGGCUUCUUCUUAGGCGACGAACCGGUGUUCAGCUUCUACUCCGACUUGGGCUUUCUUGGGUUGUACUCCGCUAUUUUCAUGCAGAAUGCGGUCAACAUGCUACUCAGUAACACUACGAUUUCAACCAGCUUUAAGUCUUUCAAUGUCCCAUGGCCCGAAAAUGCUACGAAUCAGAUCCAGUUCAUCUUCUACUUCGGCUUGAUCAUGAGUUGCUACCCUGCGUUUUUCGCGCUAUAUCCGACAAGGGAGCGGCUACUCAAUAUAAGAGCGCUUCAGUACAGUAACGGAGCGCGUCCACUCCCACUCUGGCUUGCCUAUGUCUCAUUCGACUGGCUGAAUGUUCUUAUGAAUACUGUCAUUAUGAUCAUAAUUCUCGCUGUAUCUACGCCUGACAACUGGUGGAACGUUGGGUACCUUUUCGUGGUCUUGUUCCUAUACGGCUUGGCGUCCCUUUUGUGGGCUUACAUGGUUUCGCUGUUUGCAAAGUCACAGCUGGCUGCUUUUGCCAUAUCAGCAGGCUCUCAAGCAUUCCUACUGCUGAUGUACUUCACGGGGAUCUUGAAUAUGCAGUCAAAUCUUCCAGCACAUGAGGUGGAUAAAGCGAUCAAGAUCUUCAACUUCACCUUCACGAUGAUCUCUCCUAGCGGCAAUUUAGUGCGCGCACUCAUUAUUUCGAUGAACUUGUUCUCAGCUCUUUGUCGUGGCAGUCCACCGGAGAUGGUGACAUAUCCGGGAGACAUCAGGCUCUACGGGCAACCCAUUCUUUAUCUAAUCUGCCAGUCCCUCGUGUUAUUUCUGAUUCUAAUGGCUGUUGAUCACAAAUGGGCGGCAAACUGGUUCAGAAAGCCUACAUCAGCUAGGGACGCAGAAGACCAGAAUACUCGCGAGAAGGAAGUCUCGGACGAGAUCGAGCGUGUCGCAAGCGCGAACAGUGGACUACGUCUACAACACCUCACACGCACCUUCAAGCAUCGUACCGGCGGCGUUAUGACCGCAGUAGAUGAUCUGACGUUUGGAAUCAAGCAGGGCGAAGUCUUCGCGGUCGUAGGCCCCAACGGUGCUGGCAAAUCAACUACAAUUAGCAUGCUGCGCGGCGAAAUUCAGCCUUCACAAAAAGGUGGCUCUAUUCACCUCGGGAACAUAGACGUCAUGAAAGAACGCCGCACUGCGCGCGCCCGUCUCGGUGUAUGUCCGCAAUUUGACGCUGUAGAUCAGAUGACCGUCGUCGAACACCUCGAAUUUUACGCCGGUAUUCGCGGAGUUUCAGACCCGGAGCGCAAUGCACGUCAGAUCGUGCGCGCUGUUGGCUUGGACCAUCUCGCCGGAAGUAUGGCUUCGAAGCUUUCAGGUGGCAACAAGCGCAAACUUAGCCUGGGCAUCGCACUUACUGGCAAUCCUGAGCUGGUUCUUCUAGAUGAACCGAGCAGCGGUAUGGAUCCGCUUGCUAAACGCACGAUGUGGAAGACGCUCGCGGAAUUUGCUCCAGGACGAAGCGUCUUAUUGACUACACAUAGCAUGGAAGAAGCAGUCGGUAAGUUGUUCGUGCUGCUCGAGGAAAACAAAGAAUCCUUGGGUUUAGAGUAUUAUUCUGUGAGUCCCUCGACAUUUGAUGAGGUCUUCUUGAGGGUCAUGGAGAAGCAUAACGUGGAUGAGGAGAAUGCCCCGAUGAUUAAGAAAGGCUGGAAGUACUAUGGAAAGCUGAUAGGAAAGUCGUUGGGAUUAUUUCUCUUCAUUUAG